UCAAGUCAUUUAACAGGCGAGGAGCUCUGAAAACCCAUUACACUACACAUUUAACAAAACAUCAAAAUGAAUGUGGAAGUUGGUGGACUGUUGAACGGAUUGUUAAUUUUUGUCUCACUUUUAUUGGUACUGAUUUUCACAACCUAUCAGUUGCUUAAAGAUUAUUUGCAUAAAUGGAGAGAACUAAAACCUGUACCCGGGAUUAGUCCAACUUACCCAUUCCUAGGCAACGCGCUCAACUUUAAGUCUAACAGAAGAGAUUUCUUUUGUCAGUUGGUUGGCUACACAAAGGAAUUCCAGAAUUCUCCUCUGCUUAAAGUAUGGAUUGGACCUGUCCCAUUUCUCAUCUUAUUCCAUGCUGAGACUGUUGAGACAGUGCUGAACAACCCCAUUCACAUGGACAAGGCCUACGCAUACAAAUUUCUGCACCCAUGGCUGGGAACAGGAUUGCUCACCAGUACUGGGGAUAAGUGGAGGCGCAGACGUAAGAUGCUGACUCCAACAUUUCAUUUCUCUAUACUAACUGAGUUCCUUGAGGUGAUGAAUGAGCAGGCGGAGGUGCUCAUAGAGAAACUAGAGAAGCAAGCUGGAAAAGGACCUUUCAACUGCUUUAACCACAUCACUCUCUGCGCCCUUGACAUCAUCUGUGAGACUGCCAUGGGAAAGAAGAUCUAUGCACAGAGCAACUUUGACUCUGAGUAUGUGCGCAGUGUGUACAAAAUGAGUGACAUAAUCACCAGGCGUCAGAGGAUGCCCUGGUACUGGCCUGACUUUGUGUAUAACUAUUUUGGUGAAGGCAGAGAACACAACCGUAGUCUGAAGAUCCUCCACUCCUUCACAGAGAGCGUGAUUUAUGAGAGGGCGGAGUACAUCCACUACAUUGAGUCCGACAGUGAAUCAGAUCAGGGGAUGAAAAAAAGACGGGCUUUCUUGGACAUGCUGUUGAAAACAACAGAUGAGGAUGGGAAAAAGUUAACUCACAAAGAUAUCCAGGAGGAAGUGGACACCUUUAUGUUUGAGGGUCAUGACACUACAGCGGCUGCCAUGAACUGGGCCAUACACUUGUUAGGUUCCCAUCCUGAAGUCCAAAGAAAGGCACAACAAGAACUAUUUGAGGUUUUUGGAGAGUCUGAGAGGCCUGUUAACACAGAGGAUCUGAAGAAACUGCGUUAUCUGGAGUGUGUGAUAAAGGAGUCUCUGCGUCUCUUCCCCUCUGUUCCAUUUUUUGCCCGAACCAUCUGCGAGGAUACACAGAUCAAUGGCUAUAAAGUCCCUAAAGGAGCAAAUGCCAUCGUCAUAACUUAUGCCCUUCACCGUGACCCACGCUACUUCCCUGACCCUGAAGAGUUCCGUCCUGAUCGCUUUCUGCCAGAGAAUUGCGUCGGUCGACAUCCUUAUGCCUUCCUUCCUUUCUCUGCCGGUCUUCGCAACUGCAUUGGUCAGCGGUUUGCUAUAAUGGAGGAGAAGGUUAUCCUGGCUUUUAUUCUGCGCUACUUUAACAUAGUGGCAUGUCAGAAGAGGGAGGAACUCCGACCACUGGGCGAACUGGUACUGCGACCAGAGCAAGGCAUCUGGAUCACAUUGGAGCGCAGAAAACGCUAACACACACAUAGCUAACCCAGUGUUAUGAGAAUUCGUAUGAAAUGGCAAAAUUCUACACCAUAUGAUUCAAACCUAAAUGUAACCAUAAAGCCCAACACCUAAACCUACCCAUUAUUGUUCUAAAUAAUUCUGGAAUAAGAUUUUGCCAUCUUGUGCGAAUUAUUAUCAGAAGAGUAUUAACACACACAAUAACACUGACAUACAUGCACUGGUUUUCAGCAGUGAAACUGUUCUGUAACUGAAAGUUCUACAAAAUGAUUAAGGACUUUUAAAAAGAAACUAAUAUGAUGAAAUUAAUAAAAUUCUAAAAUAAGAUUAUAUACUUAAUCCAUGCUUAAAUUAACGUGGGAUUAAAUGUUGGCAAAUAAUUUUUAAUGUCUUCUCUGUCUACUUGUAAUUUUGCACAAAUUAAUAACUAAAGAUGUAGUAAUAUUUUGAGAAACAAGAUACUAAUUAUUAUAAAUACUAUUAAAUACUAUUAAAGCA